UUGCCUUGCAGUUGCCUCGAAUCUGCGUGCAUUUACGUACAUUUACCCCAUUCAAAACCUACAUUGGUACCCCUGCCCCUGACAAGCUUUAAACAAAAGGGAGAAGAAAGUGCGGGGCCAAGACGGUUCUACCGACCCAACAACCUUUGAAUCUUCUCCAAAGCUCCAAAGCUUCCCCAAAGUCUCCCGGGAACUUCGCGAAUUACUCUCCUUGAUUAAGAAUAACUUGGUAAUCUUCCGCUGUAUGCUCACAAUCCAUUAAAUCGUAUGGCCUCCUCUUGUCUGCCGCUUUUCCAUAUCGGAUCGAAUGGCGCCGAAGUCAAACACUGAUUCAAGAGAUGAGGAGCGCCUUGCCGCCUGCUUCAACUGUAAGAAAUCCAAGCUGAAGUGCGUUCGUCCUAGCGGGUCCUCCACCUGUACUAGAUGCACUCAGCGCUCCAUUCAGUGUUCUGCACCGCUUUUUCACGUGGGACGACAUAAGGGUGUCAAGAACAAACAUUCGGGGUUGGAGAAAGCCGUCUACCAAAUAGAGCAGGCUUUGAGAAGGUCGCAUGCAGGCGCCAUCGAUCAGGUACAGACAGCCGAGCAAGCCACCGAGUUAAGAUUCCUACUCGAAAGGAGUAGAGAUCUUUUAAGUGGCCAAGAUGGACUCCCGCGGCGCAUAUCGCAAAAUGGGAUGGAACUUGACCAAGCGUCUUUGUCUCCACAGCAGACAUCUCCCUCGAUAGAAACAUCGCCUUCACAAACCUGUUCGCGUGAUGAUCCGGCAGUGCAUCCCAAAGUGGAAGAAGACCAGCUCAGCUUGGAUGAUGCCGAGAAUCCGUUGCAAUUGCUCGCCCGCACAUCCGAAUUACUAUCAUCUAUAACACCACAGGUGCAAGGAAAUGGAACAGGACGAAUUCCUAAAUCUGCUCCUAAUCGGGUGUCUUCUGGAGAAGGCGAUGAUUUACAAAAAUUCUUUGGGCGUUUUCAAGCCCGACUAGAUGUCGGCGAAGACCUCGAUCCCAUUGAAUUAGGUCUCAUUACACUUGCGGAGGCUGAAGCACUAUUCGCCUAUUUCUACGAAAAACUUUCACAUACGCGCUGGGGUAUUGAUCCCGUGAUACAUACGGUAGAAUUUGUUCGAAGUCGCUCAGCUUUUCUGUUGACCUCGAUAGCUGCCGCGUCAGCGCUAUUCUCACCCUCUAUGGAAUCAUUAUAUAAAAGACUUUCGAACCAUCGACAGAAACUCGCAAGUCUUGUAAUGGCAAAGCGCUAUAAAUCUGUAGAGAUCGUCCUGGCUUUCAUGGUCAAUAUACCAUGGAUAUCAGCCGGUGAACAUUGGGCCGACGACGAGACUUCAACCUACAUUUCCAUGGCCUUAACAAUCGCCUUGGACCUAUCUCUCAAUAAGAUCAUUCUGCCUUUAUCCACAGAGCCACGGAGCCCAAGAGACAGCAUUGCUACGUCCGAUUGCAUCUCUAGCCGAAAAGCGCUUAAUAUAGACGGAUUUAGCGACGUUGAUCCGGAUUCCCCGAAGGGCCGAAGACUAUUAAGAAGGAGAGAACGCACUUGGCUGUCUUUAUUCGUCCUUGAAAGAGGUGUAUGUCUCGCUAGAGGAAGGAACUAUGUUUUGCCAAUGUCGCCGCUCAUUGAGAGUUGCGAUCAGUGGCAUCUUAAUGAAUUAGCAGACAGAUGGGAUGGCUCAAUCGUUUCCGUCGCCGUAUUAAGGCGAGAUCUGACGAACAUAAUCACAAAAGUAAAAGCAAUAUGCGACAGCUAUGUUAAUGGAAACAGCGAGUCGUCUGUUGUUGAUAGAGUCAAAAGUGAAAUCACUAUUUUCUUCGAUAGAUGGUACCAAACUUGGCCCGUACAAUUGGGAGAUCGCGAAAAACUCUCGUUACCUCCAUACGUCGAUAUUCUUGCCUCUCAUACUCGACUAUCUUUAUACAGCUCUGUGAUCAACCAUGGCACUGCGCCUGUGGGAGCGCGGCAUUUCUUCCGCGCUGCUGGCCUCUCUUCAGCCUUGAACGUCUUGCGAGUGGCAGUUCAAGGCGAAGGGCAGCUAAGAUCAAUGCCUAACAAUACAGCUAUUAUGAUAUCAUUUGCCGCGUGUUUCGCACUGAGGGUCAGCACUGUUGCCGAUGGUCGAGGCUCUAGUCUAGCCCCUAGUAUCAGGGCUUUAAUAGCAGAGACUACGGAUGUGCUGGAAAGAAUAGGAUCAACCCCAAUCCAACGGAAGGGACUUUCUUGCUUAUUUGCCGGCCAACUAAGGCAGAUACUAAAAUAUGCAUCACGAGCAUCAGAAAAUACGCAACCCCUACCGGAACCGAAUGGGGAGAUAGCUAAGAACGCCCCUAUUUAUGCUGACAUGGCCGCUGCUCACAUGGCCAACCACCCCGGAGCGAUGCAGAUGCCUGUCCCGGCAACAAACCUUCCACCGGACUACUUAUUAUUCUCUACCAUGUCUAACGAAAACCAGUUAGAUGAAGCCAUACACAGUACCGACAUUGGUCUUAACGCAUUCUGGGAAGAUUUUCAGUUUCAAAGUGCUGACUUGGACUGGAUGGACUGGUCGACGUUCGGAACGUAAAUAUAAAAGUUCUGCAUCUAUGACAUGAAUACACGGCACUUGGGCGUUCGCGAGGGGUCACUGGGGGAGCAUCGCAUGGCGUUGGAAAUAAGAAACAGGAAAACAGGUUGGAAUGAUUUCUGGAUAAUUCCGGUUCAAUGCAUUGUUUACUAUAUGCCAGCCUAUAUGCCAGCUCUAGCAUUUCCAACGUCUCUCAAGCAGAGACCAGAAAUGUAAAAGGUUACACUCUGGUAGGACCCUUCCCGCAGGUGAUGCUACGAUGGGUUGCAGACACGUUUUGUAUAUCUCGAUGGACAUCCAAAACAUCCCAACCAUAAAACCCAAGAGGUUUACUAAAGAAUCCAAAGUGGCGUCCCACUCGACGUAAGCUUCUAGAACAGAGCUCGAAGAAUUCCACGAUGCAGCCUAGAUGUAUGAUAUCG